AAAUGCGUGCUGUGCGAUGUAGGAGCACAGGUGGACUGCCGUCGUAAAACACUUCUUAGCCGAUAACUGUAAAGACUGAUGGGUACUGAAAUAGGAAGAAAAUUUGUAGCCGUAAGUGGGCUCAUAUGAGCACGGUAGGGAAAUCAAUCUCUGUCGCAGGCGGUCGACGAACUUUUUGAAUGUUUUCUUCGACGUCAGCUCAGCUGUACUCGGUGGAGAGAAACAUUGGAACGUUGGCAAAAUGAUCUUCUAUCCAUCGGAACUCCUCACACCCACCAUGCGAACUGUUCACAAAUUCCUCGGGAACAUGAUGAAGCUCUGCUUUCUGUUAGCUCGAGGUUAUAGUCCAGGAAAAGGGACAACAUUCAUUCGCGACAUCCUUCGGUAACGGAUUACAAUUAUUUUAACAGAGUACAAGCUUAUCAAAGAAGAUGUCGCCAGUCGCACAAGUUCUUCGUCCGUCGUAACCAAUCAGGAUGCAGUAGCGUUUUUUUGUCAUUUAGGCAUUUGUGAAUAGAAGUGCCGCAAUGGUGGAGUAAUUUUAUGACGUGCUGUUGAUUGAUAAAAGUGAGAAAUUAGUUAUUAAAUUAUAUUAUUAUGAAAGUCAUGCCGUAUAAUGAAUUCUUUUUCUCAGCCAAAGAAGUCUCUCAGUUUGAGUGCGUCUCUCAGAAAGAAAGCACAACCAAAAUUGACAAACUUCUUUUGCAAGGGAAAUACAGCAUCCCCGCCCAAAACAGAUAUAUUAGUAGCGAAAGAAAACGACGGCAGGGCAGAUAAUACCAUUUUUGAGAAAACAGGAAAUCCUCCUGUAUCUUUAGACAGCACCACAGAAGAUGUCAAAGAAAGAUUUUCAGAUGAUGAUUUUGACGCAGGACCAUCUAUUCAUAAAGAAUUUAAUGAAAUCACAGAAAGUGCAAAUGAGCCUUGUAGGUCCACUUCUUCAGAUGCAGAGGAUAUGUUUGCUGAUGGACUUGAUUUUGUUCAGGAAAUUGGUGUGGAUGAAGGUAAUGAUCGAACUCCAUCACCUGUUCUCUCAUCUUCUUUUCGUCAUAUUAAGAAGUCUCCUGUGGAUGCACAAUCAGUGAAAACUCAGGAAAUAUGCAUUAGUAAUGAUGUUAAGUUAAGAAAAGAAGACAGUUUUACAGAUACAAAUGAACAAAAAUCGAGCAAAGAAAGUGUGUGCUGUCAUGCCACUGAUGGUGUAGAUACGAUUUUGCAAAGUGUGGCCUUAAGACCAUUGGGAAUUACAAAAGAAUUGGAGUCAUGGAUGGAUGAUAUGGAAAGUCAUCCUUCUUUUGGAAGAGUUUCCAUAGAGACACCAACAUUAAUUUUGAAGGAUAACAUAGACGUCCUAAGAAACUUUCAGUUUCAGAUACUUGAAAAAUUGGUUUCAGGUUUUGAAUCUCUUCCACUAAAGCUUCUUGAAAAGUGUCCAGAGUUUGAUUCCAGUAUAUUUAUAAAAUUAAAAAGCCUGCGCCAAAAAUUGAAAGCUAAACAAAAACUUACAGGAGCCUUGUUGAAGAGAAAACUCUCAGUUGAAGUGCCAUCUCCUGAUAACAGAGACAUAAUUGAGAAUCCUGCUUUGAAUAGGGAGAAGGCAGCAAAAUUAUCCAAUAUGCGUGUACCAAAUGUAGUUACCAAUAAUGAUAACAUUUCUAGAAGACUUUCUCCAGAAGUUGCAGAUUUGAAUGAAGUGGAAGAAUGUUGUUAUGAUAAUGAUAACAUUUCUAGCAGACUCUCACCAGAAGGUGCUAAUUUCAGUGAGAUGGAUGAAUAUCUUAAUGAUAAUGCAUUUAAUGAAGCCAGUGUGGUAAAAACUACAUGUAGCAGCAGUGAUAAUUAUUCUAGUCCUUACAGCCCUAGGAGUUUGGGGAGCAAUACCAAACCAUUAAUAAACAGACUGUCUUCUUCUCAAUGUCUGAAUAGUACCAGGACUGCUUUAGCAUUAUUCAAUGAUAGUAUAGUGGAGGAAGAAGUCCUUGGACCACCUGUAAAAGUUGCAUUCAAAUUUAAGACUCCUACAUCAUUUGGCAAAAAAAGUGACUGUGUCAACAUGAAAGCAGUAAGCCCAGUAUCAGUUGGUGGUUGUUUAUCACAAAUAGGAUAUAAUUUUAAUACAUCACCAGGACUGCGUAUGCUUCAGAGGAAUUCUGAAACACCACCAAGAUUGCUUAUUUCUGCAACAAAAUCUAAUCAUUCUGUGCAGCAAAGUGAUUAUAGUUUUAAUAAACCAGCUAAUCAGUGGAAAACCAGUUUUAACUAUCUCACAGUUGAAGCUCAGUCACCCAGAAGCCAUACUAGUAACUCGACCUUACAUUCCAAGGCAUUUACAGAUUCACAGUAUAUUGAUGAUGUGACACAAAAUUGGCCAAAUGAUGAUGAUACUUUCAACAUAGAAGAGAUGACACAGAAUCAUGAUCUGAAGAUCCAUGAUCCAAUGUUGAAGAAUCCUGGUGCCAAAUCAGUUGACACACAGGAAGAGCUUGUCUGUUACACAUCCUCAGUUUACAAUAUACAUAGUACUACCAGUAAUAGCAAUCCGAAGUCAAAACCAGCCUGUCAAUCUUCUGGUUUGGGAUCAUUCCAUAGUAACAUAAAGAAUGAUGGCAUCACUGGUGAAUUUGAUGGCAAUGAUUAUCCACAUAGCAGAGAGAUGAUAAAGGUUUUCAGGCUGAAGUUUGGUUUACAUGAAUUUCGCCCAAAUCAGCUUCAAGCAGUGAAUGCAGCAUUGCUUGGGUUUGAUUGCUUUGUCCUAAUGCCCACGGGUGGUGGUAAAUCUCUCUGCUACCAACUUCCAGCUCUUAUAACCUCUGGGAUCACCAUAGUCAUCUCACCAUUGAAAUCACUCAUCUUAGACCAAGUGCAGAAAUUGAACUCUUUAGAUAUUCCAGCUGCUCAUAUGUCAGGUGAAACUACAGCUCAUCAGGAACAUGCAAUGUAUACAGAGCUAAGCAAACGAGAACCAGGCCUGAAGCUCCUUUAUGUGACCCCUGAAAAGCUGAGUGCCAGCACCAAGUUGAUGGAUACUCUCAGUAGUCUGUAUGAUAGGCAGAAACUUUCCCGCUUUGUGAUUGAUGAAGCCCAUUGUGUCUCUCAGUGGGGGCAUGAUUUCAGGCCAGAUUACAAGAAAUUGAACUUGUUGAGGCAACGAUUUCCUACUGUUAAAACAAUUGCUUUAACAGCAACUGCUACACCUCGGGUUCGCGUUGACAUUCUUAACCAGUUAGGAAUGAAGAGCCCUAAAUGGUUCCUCUCAAGUUUCAAUCGUCCAAAUUUGAAAUAUUCAGUUUUGCCUAAGAAAGGCAAGAGUGUCACAAAAGAUAUUGUAACACUGAUCAAAGCCAAAUUUCCUCGUCAGUCAGGUAUUGUGUAUUGCUUGUCACGGAAAGAAUGUGACACUGUGGCUUCUGAUUUAUCCAGUGCUGGUAUAAAGGCUUUAGCUUAUCAUGCAGGUCUCACUGAUCCACAGAGAAGUAGGGUUCAAGGGGAAUGGAUCUCUGACAAAAUCAAGGUGGUAUGUGCUACAAUAGCAUUUGGUAUGGGUAUUGAUAAACCAGAUGUCCGUUAUGUGAUCCAUUACUCCCUUCCAAAGUCAAUAGAAGGCUAUUACCAGGAAUCAGGACGGGCAGGAAGGGAUGGAGAUCCAGCUGAAUGUAUCCUGUACUAUGCAUACAGUGACGUGAUACGUAUUCGCAGGAUGAUAGAAAGUGACAGAGACAAUCAUGCAGCAAAAAAGACUCACAAUGAGAAUCUUUGGCGCAUGGUUGCUUUUUGUGAGAACAAGACUGACUGCCGUCGAGCCCAGCAGCUCAAUUACUUUGGGGAGAACUUUGACCGCAAAUUGUGUAUUGCUACUCGAGCCACUACAUGUGACAACUGUCUGCAACAGGCGCUGUAUCACAUUGUGGAUGUAACAACUGACUGUCAAGAAAUUGUGAAGUGUGUGAAACAGAUCUGUGGGAAAAUUGGAUCGUGGAGUAAUAACUUCACUCUUCUGCAUAUGGUUGAUAUAUUUAAAGGCAGUGAUAUUAAGAAAAUUAAAGACUGUGGACACAACAAGCUUUCACUAUAUGGACGGGGUAAAACAUGGGUGCGAAGUGAUGUAGAAAGGUUGCUACGCAAGUUAACAAUUGAAGAAUUUCUGAUGGAAGAUCUGGUGGUUACCAGGGAAGAUAUUACAUGUGCCUAUAUCAAAGUUGGGUCAAAAGGCGAAGACUUGAUUUCUGGAAGAUACAAGAUAAUGUUUCCAAUGAGAGGCUCCACAUCAAAAAAGCAGGAUAUAAACAGUACUAGGAGCUCCAUUUCAACCACAGACAGUCCUGCCAAUUCAGAGCUGCAGGCAUUACAGGAGAGGUGCUACCAUGAGCUUAUAGAUGUAUGCCGUUGUAUAGCAUACUCUUUGGGAGUCAGCAGUGCUUCCAUUAUGAAUGUUCAGGCACUUCGUGCAAUGUCUCAGAAACUACCAGAAACAGCAGAUGAAAUGUUGCAGAUCUCACAUGUCACCAAAGCAAACUUUGAAAAAUAUGGUGAAGGGUUGCUGAAGAUCUGUCAACAACAUGCUGCUGCUAAGAAAGCAUUCCUCAUAGAAGCAGAAGCCAAGAAGAAAGAAGCUCUAGAAGAGACAAAAUGGUUGUCAACAGAUGUUGGUGAAUCAACAUAUUUCAAUAAUGACAACCAGCAAACAAAAAGGAAACGCUACACUGCUUAUCGUGGAAACUGGUCAAAAAAGUUCAAGCAUGGAAAUGGGGCAAAAGGCAAAGCAGCAUGCAAAAGUAAAAAUGCAUCUCCAGGACUGUUGACUGUAAAAAGCAAAAAGUCAACAGUAAGCAACAAAAUACAGCUUUAGCUACGAUUGUUUCAUAUUAAUUUUAAUAGUAGUAAGUACAAAUGAUUAUCAGUGAUGUAACAGCUUUAAAAGUGUUGCUGCUAUGACUGUAAGUUUGUGAUAGUGUCUUCUAAAUUGCAAAUAGUAUUUGUUGAAGUGUGCUUAUUGCAAAUAUAGAGAUGUCAAAAGAAUGAGAGUGCUUCCAAAAUUUGGGUUUAAAAAGUGGAUCUUUUUUUGUAUAAAGAAUUUGAAUAUUUGUUCAUGUUGCAAACAUUAGUAUAAGACAUUGUCAAAGAUGUCGGCUACUGGGGAUGUUCUUUCUUUCUAGCCCUCAUUUUGGUAACUGCUGUAACUAUAAUUCAUUUAAUUUAACAUGUUCAUGUACUGCCCUUACAACUUUGCAUGUUGUCAAUUGUGGUGCCUUUCACAAAAUCCUGGUUGUUUGUCACAUUUUUGUAAAUUAAUCAUAGAGUACUCUGAUAAUAUCCUUCAGGAUUUCUGAAAAUAAACUGCUCACAGUUAUAAGAAUAAGGAUAAAUUGUGACAGCAUCUUAUAUGUGGCUAAGUGUAUGGCUACAGAAGGGUUAAAAAAAUCAGAAUGAACCAAUUUCAAAGGUUUAAACAAUAAAAUGUAUUUUUGAAAUAUAA